AUGGGGUCGUACGAGAAUGUUGGCUGGAACUUCGUGGAGGAGGCGGUGAUACGUGACCGCGGCUACGAUGAGGAGACCGUUCUUGCUUCCAUCCUGCAGUCGUACUUUAUCAAGCAGGGGUUCGUGGAGUCUCUCACGACCCUAAAUGAGGAGCUGAGGGAACUGCAGACGAUGACGGCGUCAAGGACGAAAAGAGCGGCAACAAAGACACCGACACCCCAUGAAGGCACAAAUACGGCGGCCGAGUGUCGCGUGCAACAAAAAGGCGAAGGCAACUGCGUUAAGCAAGAGGAACCACACAACGGGGAUGCAUCACACGUGGAUCGAAAGUACCUCAGCAACGGAUACGAAAAGCAUAGCGGCAAAAUUUGUGCCUUUCAUGAGAAGAAAGCUGGUGCUUAUGCCAGUGAGGAUACUGUACUGGAGGCGAUGAAGAAACGUAAACAUCUGCAGUUAUUAUGUGUAAAUGAGCAGUACGAAGAUGCUGCCGCGCUACUUCCUCAAGGAAGUGUCUUUAUAGUGAAAUUGCUGGCCAUGGAGGCCCUCAAGCGUGCAAGGAAGCAGCAGGCAGCGGCGUUACUCUUUCUGUGUGAAAGGGUGGGCCCGCUGGUUGCCGGACUGUCUGAUGCAGCGUUGGCGCAUCAAAUCUACAUUAACACUUUAGCCGUUAUCACGAGUGCCGACGCAACGGAGUGGUCGGUGUCGUCCCCAUGCAAGAUUGCCCGCGAGGUGAACGAGUCGCUCUUGGACGACCACGAGCCAAGUGCGCUUCAUGUACUACUUUCGUGGUCCGAGUGGCAGGCGAUAACGGCGGCAAAGGAGGAGGACGAGGGAGAUGGAUAG